AUGGAUAGUCUGAACGAAGAGCUGCAAAGCGUUAAUAAACCAAUUUCAGAGAUGUUUGAUUGCGUCAGCGCUUUCAAGAUGAAACUGAAAUUGUGGGAUAAUCAGCUAAAGAUGAACAAUCUCGCAUAUUUCUCGCACCUGAAAUCGGUGGAAAGCAAGUGCUACCUAAAUAUGCAAAAGUAUACUAAGAGUUUCACGUUGUUAAGGCACGAACUUGAGGAGCAAUUUCAGAACUUCAGCAUUGCUGAACCGGAGUUCAAAUUGUUCGCGUUUCCUUUGGUUGCGGACAUCCAAACGGCUCCGGAUAAUCUUCAGAUGGAAUUGAUCAGUUUGCAGUGCGAUUCAAAGCAGAACCAAUAUUUUGCCGAAAUGAAAUUGCACGAUUUUUACUCGCAGCUUCCCAAAGACAGGUAUCCUCAUCUCAGGUCGUUCGGUUUGAGGAUGAUUGCGAUGUUUGGAAGCGAACACGCGUGUGAACAAUUCUUCUUUCUCGUGCACAAUAAUAAGAAGCGACGAUCAAUUGAAAUUUGA